UUACCUGAUGAUUACUACAAGCUGUACGAUUUACCGGAAAUAAAACCGGGACUGUGCGUGAUCUUCAAUCAAGAAAUUUUCGAAAAGAAGGCAGACAACCGCAAAGGCACCGAAAAAGACCGUAAGGCUUUAACAGACGUUUUUGAAAAAUUCGGUUUUGACGUGAAGCACCACGACAACUUAAAGGCGCAAAAACUUUGCGACGAAAUCAACAAAUUGGCGGAAAGAGACGAGUUUAAGAAGUAUGCUUGUUUUGUUGUUUGCAUUCUUUCACACGGUGAUGAAGGAACAGUUUGUGGCACAGACAGUAAGGAGGUAUCGAUUGAAAAAGCCAAGAAACAAUUCUUCAAUAAAACCUCCCUAAGUGGCAAGCCCAAGAUUUGGAUCAUUCAAGCCUGCCAAGGGAAUCUAUCGCAAGAAGAUUUGGAAAAAUCGACAGCGCCACUUGAACCUAUCAUUCAGAAAACUUCACCUCACCCCACUAAUCAGGGAAAUCUGCCUAAUACUAAUACAGAUAGCGUCAGUCAUGGGAUUCAACCGAUUCAAUUUCAACAUACUGAACAAGUUGUUUCCCAACCCCCAGAUUUACAACCCACAGAUAUACAACCCCCAGAUAUUCCACGACCUCCUGUGUCAGAUAUUCUUGAUAUAAGAGCCACAGUCCCUGGAUUCGUAAGUUAUCGCAACACAUUAACAGGUAGUUGGUUGAUAAGAAAUCUUUGCGAGCAACUGCGAGCGACAUUCUUGAAUGAGGGCGAAAAAUCGACUCGCCAUUUAGAAGACUUACUUAAAAUGGUUCAGAAAUCAAUUAGUGAAGAAAAAUUUUUUCUCCCGGCAACUGAAGAUGAUAAGAAAAAAUUUGAAAUUUUAAUAAAAAGAAUCGAGGAAAACAUCGCCAAAAUUCAUCUGGAAGAGAUAGAAGAAAGUGACGAAAAAACAAAGAGGAUCGAUGCGCAAAUAGCAAAAUUGGAAUUUAAGGAGGUUACAGAAGAUGAUGUAAAGAAUCACGAAAACGAAAUUGAUCUAAAAACAUUUCGAAAAAUUUUUGACGAAGUAACACAAACACUUAUAUUUUUCCGUCCUUGUACAGACACUACUCCCAAACAGACCAUCGAGUGGCGUUCUACUUUGAUGAAUUUUAUUAGAUUCGAAAAAAAAUUUGAAAAAAAUUAAUGCUAAAACAUUUAUUUUUUUAUGUAGUUCGUCUUUAGAUUGCAAUUUGUACCACUAUUGUAGUUGUCAAAUUGUAUCCUAGAUGUACUCAAACUGUUUGAAUAGUCUACUACUAGAUGGCUUUCAAAAUGAAUAUUUGGUGGUAAAAGGGGGGAAAAAAGGUCGACUUGUUUUCACUGGGUGCUGACGUAAGAGGCAAUAUCAACAAUAAACGAGUGCCAAAAUAAAAAGAAAAAAAAAAAAGAAUUGUUGUGUCUAUUUUGCGACUGAAAAUAUGUUUGGUAAAUUGCGUCUCUUUUGGCGUCGUCGCCCACAUUUAUAUGCGUCGCAUAUAGAUUCCUCUCUCGGCAGUUGCAAAAGCAGCACCGGAUGUUGGCUGUCAUUAACGAAAUGUAUAAAAACGACGGAAUAAGUCUCGAAUUAAAACAUGAAAAAAAACUUUCUAUUUUUCCAUGUAAGAAACACAAGAAGAAGAAGAAGAAGAGGCUACCUACAAAAAUCCCGUCAUCAAUCCAAAAGGAGAGAAACUAGCCCAUCAAAAAUCACCAUGUCCAUCCUACAAUCAGCUCUUAUUUGAAUAUUUACAAGAGGAAGAACCAGUUCCAACAAUAAACACAACCAGAUUGAA